AAUCAUGGCGAAAGGUGAAGGAGUCGUUAAGAGCGACGAAUCUUCUCCAGAUCUUGAUCAGUAUGCCAAGGAAGCACUUGAUGAGAUAUUUGGAAAGGAAGAGCAGUCUUACGAUGAAUUUGUGCAGAGUUUUAUGUUCCUAAAUAAGGAUGAUAUUUCUGGAUCAAAAAUUGGCAGUUCUCAAGGGAAUACCCACGAUCUCCAAAAUGGUGCGUCCGGUCACAACAAGAUGGCAAAGCGUAAUGUUGACGGCCACAACUCAAUGGAAACAAAAGGCCAGUGGACAGAGAGUGACAACAUACCCGAGGAAGUACUAGGGCCUGGUUCAACAUCGGUUCCAUUUCUCAUGAGAACACCUGAGUCAUCAGGUGGAAAAAUCCUCCAGGUUGAUAACUUUGUUGAAUGUGAAGAUGAGGAGAGUGAGGAUGAAGAGUCCAUUUCAAAUGUUGACUCCGUGUUGGAGGAUGGCAUAUUCACAUCUGGUUAUUCUCCCUCAGCAGUGACUAGCUCAAAUUCUUUGAAGCAUGUAGAAGAUACGAACUCAGCUGCAAGAGAUAUGCCAGCUAACGUUGAUUUAGGCAUUGAAGCAACUAAAGAAAUAUAUUAUCUCCCAGGAGAUGCUUCAAUACUUCCUGGGGAAGUUGAUGAUAGCAAAAUGAAUGAGGAGCAAGAUAACACCUCUGAUGGAAUUGUGUCACCCAAAAUAACACAAUUACAGAUUUCCACAAGAAUAAAUAAUUGUGACAGAAAGAAUGAUCAAAGAAGCCCAAGUGAGGAAGUUGAAGAUACUGAUGAGGUUCAGCCAUUCACUCUGGAUACAGACUUUGACUAUGAUAAUGUGACCCUGACACCAAAGUUUAGUUUCCCACCAAAGCAAAUACCAUAACCUUUCAGAGUGAGAGCAGUCAGAGUUUUAAAUGAGAAUAUUCAGGCUCACUAGUGUAAUCUCUAUACAAGCAAUUGUUCAAUCAGAGAUUGUCUACAGAGACUAUUGGUUUCUUGACACUUAAGAGCACUGACAAAAUGCCAGGCAGAAACCUUCAGUGGAAGGUGAAAGAGCAAUACUCCAAGUUGCAUUAUGCCACAGAAAGAGAGAUUUCUAUGAACAAAAUGGGCCAAUGAGGCUUGAAAGCUGACUUUACCCUUCUAACGCAAGCAUGGGGACUGAGAAGUGUGUGGCACCAGUUUUUGACUCAGCUCUUGAAGAACAAACAUUGAAUAACACCUGAUGACUGUUUAUUUACUUGAAGAAAAAUUCCAAGAAAUGUUGAAAGGAGAUAACAGUGUAUAUCCUUCUCUGGCUAAUCUUUAUCCUUCCCUCAUGCUCCUUCUUAGUGUGUCACGUCCAUAGUAUGCUAGUAAAUUGUUCUUUCUCUUUUGAAUUUUAAUACAUUGUUCACCAAACAGGUACAAGAAAUAGAUAGGCUUUCAAGUACAGAGUGUUAUUUUGAUCCAUCAAUAAAUGCUCUGAACUUAUUCACCAGAAAACAUUGAGCAGUGAGAGGGGAGAGUUCUCACAAUCAGUAGGUUUAUGGUUUCUCAGGCUUAACCAUUCCUUGGCUAUCCACAGAACAUGGUUUAAGCCCUUCACACUCCAAAAAUUCAGCAUUGAUUCUCUUGUAUCACACACAAUAUUUCCAAAGGAUACAUGUAGAGUCAAAAUUUCUCUUCACAAGAGAAAAGAUGGACAUGAAUCCAAAUUUAUCUCUGUGAGAAGUUUGAACUUCAACAUGGCUACUGAUUA